GCGGCGGAGGCGGCGGAGGCGGAGGCGGCGGCGGACGAGGACAGCGGAGAGGGCGGCGGCGGCGAGGGGCUGGCGGGCGGGCUGCUUGACGAGCUGGGCGGCGGCGGCGGCGGCGGCGGCGGCGGCGAGGAGGAUCCGGACACCGAUGAGGACCAGGGUCUGUACGACGUGGGCGGGCUGGGCGCCGGCCCCCGCUCCCCCUCCCUCAUCGCCAAGUCCCACCACCACCUGCACGGCGGCGCCAUCAGGCCCCGCUCCCCCUCGCUGAUGCAGUCGGUGGGGCCGCCGCCGCUGUCGCCGCGCCGUGCGCCCGGCCCCUCCGCCUUCGCCUCCACGGGUACGGGCGGCGGCGGCGGCCGCAACUCCCCCGGCCCUGGCGGCGGCGGCGGCGGCGGCGGCGGCGCCGGAUCGUUCCUGCAGUCGUCGUACGGCUCACCGCGUCUGACCAGCGGCCUGAGCCUGCCGCCGCCCUCGCAGCAGCAGCAGCAGUGAGAGCAGCUGCAGACGCAGAGGUGGCAGUGGCAGGCGCAGAGGUGGCAGUGGCAGUAGCAGAGGUGGCAGUGGCAGUAGCAGAGGUGGCAGUGUGGCAGAGGUGGCGGUAGCAGUGUGGCAAGAGGUGGCAGUGACUGCAGAUGGAAGGCAAACGGCUGCCGGUGCUCGGUGGGACCUUGGGUGUGCCUGUGCUGAUUGCUGGCGGCUGUUGCGUGUGUGGGUUGCGUGUGUUGGCUGGUGGGCAGGAAGGAGGGGAGGCGUGUCGGGCGGCGUUUCGUGUCCAGGGGCGCGGGGGGGGGGGGGAGAGUGUCACUGCUGCUGUGCGCCGCACCUGGUAGGGGUAUGUCACUCGCGGUGCCUUGCAUUCCACCACCUGCCACAGUCGGAGCUAGCUGCAGCUGUUGCUGAUGUACGUGCUCGUACGUGCUGCCUGUGAGCGGGCGGAUGUUCGGAAUGGCUUUCCAGCUUGCGGCUAGAGUACCGGUUCCGAUAGCAUGUGAUGCGACGCGAUUGUGGAAACACUCAACUUGGGGGCGUGAGCUUGCGCUGCCUUUGUUACCAGAGACGACUGGGCACUAGGUUGUGCGAUGGGACAGGGUGAGGUCCCGUAGGUCAGUUGCAGCUGAUUCCCAGGCCGCAGCAGAUGGCCAACAACCUGCAACGGCAGUGCAUGAGCGCGCGAUUGGCCGUGGGCACUAGGGAUACGGCAAGGGACUGAGAUAAGGCCGGGUUCGUGUCACAGGGUCGGUCAGGGAGAGUUUGAUAUAAUCAUUGCAUUCACUCUAGCUUUCAUUUCUCUGAAUCAUAUUUGGAGGGCGAAGUCGGUCUGGUACUGCUGGCGUUUAUGGUGUGAGGGGACAGGGCAGGCUGGCGUGGUCCCGAAGGGCAGCGUAUUCCCAGACCCCUUCAUACAUACCGUACAGUAAUGAAGCUGCGACAUGAAGGCGUGAGAUUUGUGAGAACGUGGCUGGUCGAAAGCGGAGUUAGUUGCAUGCUGCAACGAUGAGUCGCUGACUUGCUGGCAGGUUGGCACUUGUUGCUGAUGCGCAUUAUUCCUCAACCCUCGCUACGCUCCCAACGCCCGGCCAGGCGCGCGAUAGCACCAUGCACACACGCACACCGCCACGCCACACCCCCACGCGGGACGCGGAGUCAUUCAUUCCUCAUUGGCUGUGAGUCUGUGACGUCUCAGCGGCACGCACCCGCCAGCCACAGGAAUGGCGCUGUGGUGAUCCCAGCUGGGGUGACAGUGUGGGAGCCUGGGAGGACUGGCGCUGUGGUAGUGGCGCCAGCUGGGGUGACAGUGUGUGUGGGAGCCUGGGGGGGGGGGGCUUGGUGCCGCGGCGUUGAUGUCAGGGACGGAGCUGCUGCUGCCAGGUUCCUGCGCGUUCUUGAAGUGCGGGUAGAGCUCGCAGUCUGCUGGGGCCUGCUGGGUCCGCGAGUUUGGCCACGUCUCGGUCGGUCGGUCGCAUGUAUGCCUCCCCUCCC